CAGCAUCUCUUAAACUAAUGCAAACCGAGGCAAAAUAAAAAAUCACUAUCCUUUAAAAGCUGCCAAAAUAUGUCAAAGAGCAUUCCUUCUCUAUAGCACUUGUCCUAACCUGAUCAAGUGUUCCAACUCAAUGCUCAGUCUAGUCACUGCGUUAUUGAAUAUGAUUCGUAUUUUCAUGACCUUAACUGUCUUGACAAUUCUCCUCAUAUACUGGCGAAUGGGCCAGCUGACCUUGCCGGUACACAAAUUGGGUUGCCCAAAGCUGGAGAUAGAGGACCUCCCAUGGAACCAAGGCGUUUUUUUCCUGGAGUUGAGCCGGACUAAGAGGUCCUUGGACCUGUUUACCUCGUGUUCCGUGGAAAGCACGGCCAGAGAGAACUCGGAUCGAACCAUAUUUAUGCUGGUGGAUAGUGAAAACCCUCAUUCUUUUUCAAAGCCCAAAUUUCUCACGGGGUUGACCAAUUUGGAGGUGAGGAAAUUCAACUUCACUUCGCUGCUACUGAAACGCUUGGGUCUCGAAUUAUUUUCCGUGCUCGAAUUAUCCUUGAAACCAAUGCAAACGUGGAGUGACUUGAGUCGCAUCCUCCUCUUGAACGAAGUGGGGUUGACCAAUUUGGAGGUGAGGAAAUUCAACUUCACUUCGCUGCUACUGAAACGCUUGGGUUUCGAACUAUUUUCCGUGCUCGAAUUAUCCUUGAAACCAAUGCAAACAUGGAGUGACUUGAGUCGCAUCCUCCUCUUGAACGAAGUGGGCGGGACCUAUUUUGACAUUGAUUCGAUUUCCGUGCGACCAAUCCCAACCAUGUUCCGCAAUCUCCUUCAGACCAAUGUGAACUCAUUGUUGACCAAUUGCUUCAUGAUCUUCCAGAGACGUCAUGCUUUCUUGGACAUUAUCUUUCAAGGUCAGUUAAAAAAGCUAAGGAAGCAGGUACUGAUCUUCUUCGACGGCCCAUUGGUCACCAAAUUGGCCAAGAUACAUUGCCACUCGUUGCUUAAAGACGAGGAUCCAGCUAAUACUUACCAAUGUCCUGAAUCUUGGAACCUAACUAUCCAUUCACGGAACGAUCCGGGCGUAUUACAUUUUCUGUACAAGCCCAUCCAAUACGAAUUGUGGAACAAGAGUAAUCUCGCCAUGUUUCCAAAUUUGUUCGCUCUCCAUUUGUCGUCAGUGAAGAAUAUGUUCUUCGACAAUCCGUGUGCUUUAAUGCAAUACCGUCACUUGCCCAAACUCAUGGCUACCUAUUGUCCAAAAACAUAUACAGAAUUGGAAAGUCAUGCCUCAUUUUGUCAAAACAUUACCGACUAUUUCCCCGAUAUCCAGGAGCAAUUUCGAGGUCCUCUGCGUUACGGAUUCUAAAGAUGGAAGAAUGGGCGUUAAUAAGUGUUUGUGUUUAUUUUCUAUCAUUAAUAUCAGAGUAAUAAAAGCCCAUAUGAAUUAUA